AGCCGGCCGCCUCCUCCCCUCCUCCUCCCGCCCCCACCAGCAGCCAUGGCGACCGAGGCGUACGCGCCGCCGAUGAAGGCCGGCAAGGAGGGGUUCCAGGGCCCGCAGGACCCGCAGCACAGGAUCCGCAUCACCCUCUCCUCCAAGAGCGUCAAGAACCUCGAGAAGGUCUGCGCCGAUCUGGUGAAGGGAGCCAAGGACAAGCUGCUCAGGGUCAAGGGCCCCGUCAGGAUGCCCACCAAGGUGCUCAACAUCACCACCAGGAAGUCCCCCUGUGGAGAAGGUACCAACACCUGGGAUCGGUUUGAGAUGCGGGUGCACAAGAGGGUGAUUGAUCUCGUCAGCUCCCCAGAUGUUGUCAAGCAGAUCACCUCCAUCACUAUUGAGCCUGGUGUCGAGGUCGAAGUGACCAUCACCGACCAGUAGUUAUCUUACCCAGUGCCUUUUAUCUGUUUAUUACAAAGGUGGAGAGACACCAGAGAAUGACAUGUCUUUGAAUUUCUAGUAUGAGACCGGUUUUUGUAUGACUAGGUUCUUUGCAUCACGAUUCUGAGUCCCUAUCGUCUGAGUUAUCAUCAUCACCAAUUUCCAUUGCUCUCUGGUGUAUCUGAUUGGAAGUUUAUAUAUAUGGCUUGCUAUUGAUAUUGUUAGCA